AUGGCGAUGAAAAGCUAUGUCGCCAAUUCAAUAGUUUUUUGUAGUGAAAGGCUUUGGGAUACCCUUAGAUCUCGGUUUUCCAUUGUUAAUGGACCUCGGAUUCAACGGCUUAAAUCAUCUAUUGCUCGUUGUGAACAAACGAAAACCAUGUCAAUUGCCACGUAUUUUGGGAAAUUGACAGCCUUAUGGGAGGAAUUGAAUAAUUACGAACCUUUGAUUCAAUGUUCCUGUUGUAAUACCUGUACAGCAGGGAAAGAACAUAAGAAACGAAGAGACAAUACCCGCCUUCAUCAGUUUUUAAUGGGUUUGUAUCCCGAUAAUUUUUCACAAACUCGUGCCCAUAUAUUGUCUCAAGAUCCCCUUCCAACUAUCGAUCGUGCUUAUCAAUUGCUUGUUCAAGAUGAACGGGUUCGAUUGACCACACCAUUCCCGGAGGACAAACCGCCUCAAGCUGUUGGCUUUGCUGUCCGUACGCCACCAGGUCGGAAUAGGUCCGAUCAGCGUUCUUCUCCAGCGGGUGCGUCCUCUGACCAACGAGAUAAAUCAAUUUUAUUUUGCUCUCACUGCCGGGAGUCCGGCCAUGUCAUCUCUGGGUGCUUCGCAUUGAAUGGCUACCCUGAAUGGUGGCCGCCUGGUUCUUCAAAGCAGCAAUCAGGACCGUCGGGAAACUCAGGACGCUCAGGGCGCGGUAGACAGCCUCCGACCACCGCCAGGGGUCGUGGUGGUUAUGUUAAAGCUCACGCCGUGGCUGCAGCAACACGGGUUUUUUCACCAGAUCAAUGGAAAAUCCUUGCUUCUUUUAUUGGUAAUACUAAAGUUUCUGAUGAUCGAUUAACGGGUGAGUUUGAUUGCAAUUCUUGGAUAAUUGAUACGGGGGCUUCUCGCCACGUUACUUGUAACGAUUCAUGGUUAUUUGAUGUUCAUAAUGUCACUUUUUUGGUGGGUCUUCCUAAUGGAAAAUUUGUUGUUGCAACAAAGGAGGGAUCCGUUUAUUUAUCUGACAAUCUAACCCUUAAACAUGACCAAUUGAGGGAGCCGAUUGGGACGAGCAUUAGGAGGGAUGGACUUUUCUACUUCGAGGGCGUUAAUCCGGCGCAACAAAUCUUGGUGAAUGCGGUUUCCUCUACUUUGGAUUUUAUGGCACAAAAGGAUGGGGAUAAAUUUCCUUUGAGUGACAAUAAGGCCUCUAGAAUAUUCGAAAAAGUUCAUUGUGAUUUGUGGGGUCUAUAUAGACACCCAUCUUCUUGUGAUGCACGAUAUUUUUUGACUAUUGUUGAUGAUUUCUCGAGAGCUGUUUGGCUUUAUUUAGUGAUUGAUAAAACCGAAGUGUUUAAUAUGUUUAUGUCUUUUGUGGCCAUGAUUGAUAGACAAUUUUCUCAAACCAUUAAAAAUGGCCGGGUUGAACGAAAACAUAAACAUAUCUUAAAUGUUGCACGGGCUCUAAGGUUUCAGGCAAACUUACCAAUUUAUUUUUGGGGAGAAAGUGUUUUAACCGCUGCUCAUCUUAUUAAUCGAACACCUACGCCUUUACUCCAAAAUAAAUCUCCCUUUGAAAUUCUUUUUAACAAAACACCCUCAUAUGAUACUAUUCGUACCUUUGGGUGUCUUUUUUUUGCCCAAAACCAAAAGACGAACGGGGAUAAGUUCGCUAGUCGGAGUCGUAAGUGUGUUUUUAUGGGUUAUCCUUUUGGUCAAAAAGGGUGGAAAUUAUUUGAUCUAGAUUCUAAGCAAUUCUUUGUCUCUCGAGAUGUGAAACUGUUUGAGGAUGUUUUUCCCUUUCUUGAUCCGGAUGCUACAAAUAUUACUCCCGAACAUAUUGUCCCAAUCCAUAAUCAUGUUGAUUACGAUUUUUCUGAUUGUUCAAUUGAUUGUCUGCCACAUUCUAGCCCAAACAUAUCUCAGCCUAACACCACAAAUGACACUCCUUAUUCCUCACCAAAUUUGUCCAGCCCACAACGAAUGCCCCAAUACCAAACUUCUAAACAGGCUGCCUUCAUCCCUGAUCCAACAAUCACGCAGCCCACUUACACCAUCCCGCCUAACCAGCAGCCCUUACAUUCACAGCCCACUUCGUCACAGCCCACCUAUUCCCCGCCCAAUUCUUCACAGUCCGUUUCAGCCCAGCAGAACACUCAGCCCUCUGUCUCUAAUCAGCCCAUUUUUCGAAACCAACCCUUCCGUACCUGA